AUGCAACGUAUCCCGCUCCAUUCCGUGCGAUCCCACUUUGAAACCUGGAUCGACGACCGCGCCAGCGGUAGGGGCAGAGAGAAGCAGGACUGGGGCCAUCCUACGCAGCGCCACGUGUGUCUUGUCGUCGAUGAGGAGGUGUGUCAGGUCUUAGCAAAAGCUGACGCGAAACCAUUCUGGGAGGGCUCAGAGGAGGAAAAGAAUUCUUGGCAGUAUCUGGAUGAGUGGUGGUUGAAGGCCGUUGAGCCAUGGCCGGAGAUUGAUGAGUUGGAGAGAGAGCACACUGGAUUUGAUGGGACGAUGAAGGCCUCUGUUCUUGCGCUUUGGAGACUGUGGGGUCAUAUGGAUAAUCCAUACCCGAUGUGGAUGUUGAGGAGGGAUAAGGACGGGUUGUAUACUGGAUGA